AUGUUUAGAGUUCAACGAUUACGAAUGUUUAGCACGUCCCGUGCUUUGUAUGCUGGACAGAACAUGACUGAAAAGAUUGUUCAGAGACAUGCUGUUGGUUUACCCGAGGGGAAGACAGUUGUGUCUGGUGAUUACGUUUCCAUCAAACCUGCUCAUUGUAUGUCACAUGACAAUUCAUGGCCUGUAGCGUUGAAGUUCAUGGGUCUUGGUGCGUCCACUAUUAAGAACCCAAGACAAGUGGUUAAUACUUUGGAUCAUGAUGUUCAGAAUAAGAGUGAGAAGAAUUUGACCAAAUAUAAGAACAUUGAGAACUUUGCCAAGAAGCAUGGGAUCGAUUUUUACCCCGCAGGUCGUGGUAUUGGUCAUCAGAUCAUGAUCGAAGAAGGUUAUGCGUUUCCGUUAACUAUGACUGUGGCAUCUGAUUCUCAUUCCAAUACAUACGGUGGUAUUGGUGCGCUUGGUACUCCGAUCGUGCGUACCGAUGCAGCAGCCAUUUGGGCCACUGGUCAAACUUGGUGGCAGAUUCCUCCGGUGGCUCAAGUGGAGUUGAAGGGAGAGUUACCAGCUGGGAUUUCCGGUAAAGAUAUCAUUGUGGCUUUAUGUGGUGUUUUCAACCAGGAUCAAGUAUUGAAUCAUGCCAUCGAAUUCACUGGUGACUCUUUAGAUAAGAUUCCUAUCGAUUAUAGAUUAACAAUUGCCAAUAUGACCACCGAAUGGGGUGCUCUUUCCGGGUUAUUCCCAGUCGAUAAUGUGCUUCUUGAUUUCUAUCGCAACAGAUUGACCAAGGUUGGAAACAACCAUCCAAGAAUUAACGAAGCCAGAAUCAAUGAGCUACAGGCUAAAUCUGAUUCUUUACAGGCAGACCCUGAUGCUAAGUACGCUAAGAAAUUGAUUAUCGAUUUAUCCACUUUGACACAUUACGUCAGUGGACCAAAUUCUGUGAAAAUCAGUUCCACCGUGGAUGAUCUUUCCAAACAGGAUAUUAAAGUCAACAAAGCUUAUCUAGUUUCUUGUACCAACUCCAGAUUAAGUGAUUUGGAAAGUGCAGCAAAUGUGGUUUGUCCAAGUGGUGACAUCAACCAAGUUCACAAAGUGGCAGAAGGUGUGGAGUUCUACAUUGCGGCCGCCUCUUCUGAAGUGGAAGCCGAAGCAAGAGCUACUGGUGCUUGGCAAAAGCUAUUAAAUGCCGGAUGUUUGCCUCUUCCUGCAGGUUGUGGACCAUGUAUCGGUCUCGGAACUGGUUUGUUAGAAGAGGGCCAAGUCGGUAUUUCUGCCACUAAUAGAAAUUUCAAGGGUAGAAUGGGUUCUAAGGAUGCAUUAGCAUAUCUAGCGUCACCAUCUGUGGUUGCUGCCUCCGCUAUCUUGGGUAAGAUUGGUUCCCCAGCCGAAGUUUUAGGUACAAAGGAUCCAAAUUUCACAGGUGUCGUGGCUACGGUAGAAGAUGCCCCAGCUACUUCAGCUGACGGCAAGGAUGUUGCUGAUGAAAGUGGUGCUUCUGGUAGCGUAGAAAUUCUAGAAGGUUUCCCAAGUGAAAUUUCUGGUGAGUUGGUGCUCUGUGAUGCUGACAACAUCAACACUGAUGGUAUCUACCCAGGUAAGUACACAUAUCAAGAUGAUGUUCCAAAGGAAACUAUGGCCAAGGUUUGUAUGGAAAAUUACGAUCCUGAUUUCCAAACCAAGGCAAACCCUGGAGAUAUUUUGAUCUCUGGUUUCAACUUUGGUACAGGUUCUUCUCGUGAACAAGCAGCUACUGCUAUCCUUGCUAAAGGGAUUAAAUUGGUUGUGUCUGGUUCUUUCGGUAACAUUUUUUUCAGAAACUCAAUCAAUAAUGCAUUACUUACCCUGGAGAUUCCAGCCUUGAUCAAUAUGCUAAGAGACAGAUAUAAAGAUGCACCAAAGGAAUUGACUCGUAGAACAGGAUGGUUCUUGAAGUGGGACGUGUCACAAGCUAAAGUUUACGUGACCGAAGGUUCAGUAAACGGUCCAAUUGUUCUUGAACAAAAAGUCGGAGAACUAGGUAAGAACUUGCAAGAGAUCAUUGUUAAAGGUGGUUUAGAAUCAUGGGUCAAAUCACAAUUAUAA